UAAUGAGGCCAUGCCCAUCAAACUGGGUGGGGUUGCUUAUCAAAAAUAUGGCCAUGGCCCUUUCUCCCGAGCUUCACACUUUAAUGGGCAAGAUGGCUCGCAAACAAAGCUCUCUGCCUUUGACACUAACACUGCUCUCGGGAGCUGUAGGUGAUGUGGUAAAAUGGCAUAAAUUUGGUACUCUGCUGAAUGUUCCUCAAGAAUUUCUCGGUAAGCUAGAAGAAGAACACCCCAGAAAUAUCCCACGUAGAGUUACAGAAAUACUUCAUUACUGGCUGGAACAUGACCCGAGUCCAUCAUGGGAUAAAGUCAUUGAAGCACUUCGAGCAAUACCUGAAGAAAAGCAUGCAUUAGAUAGAGUCUGUAACAACUUGGUACUUCCUGAUGAAGCUGUGAUUCCAAUGAAAGUUUUAUCCUUGCAUGACAGUGAUGAGCUAGGUGCUACACUUGAUGAAAUGCAAACAAAGUUUGCUGGUUUAGUUACAAAUAUACAGAGUGCCUUAGAAAAGGAAUCGGAGUUGAAGAUAGUUUAUCGUUUCGUCACUAACUUCCUUCAAGACACCUUCCAACCUAAACACGACCCAGAAGAUAUUACACAGCUUUUCAUUUGUCUACAGCCACACUACUGCUUCAUGAACUAUAAGAUAAUAAGAAAGAUAGUGUAUCAGUUUGUGAGGGAUACAAUGGAAAGAGAUUUAAACAAGUAUGACCAAGACAUAAGGAAGUGGUUGGGAUCUACCACAAUACAAGAAUUUAAAGCUGCUAUUGAAAGCGCUGCAAAACCUAUUGUAGGAGCUGAUCAAUCAUCUGAUCUAUGCAUUGUGCAAUUGAAGUUAGAAGGUGAGUGGUUCAAAGUAAUGGUUAACAACCUAUGGAAGCUAUUAAAGUAUAUUUUUCGUGAUAAGAGUUCAGUUCUUACAAAAAUAACAAUCAAAGAAGGAUCAGUAAUAGUUCAAAUGGUAGCUCCUCAAUCAGUAAUCCUUCCUCUCAUUGCACUAGCCAGUAUGAAGCAAUUAGAGAUGUCAUAUAUUGGGAUCAUUUAUAUUCAAGUUGGAUGUUUGAGGGUUAGAUUUAGUCCUCUCUUUUCCCAAAGUGAGUAUUCCUUUGAGCUAGCUUUGGCAUUUGUUUUACAAUAUGGUAUCAUUCCUACAGAACUAACUGAAUUUUUAUUAGAGCUUGAAGUUAUUGAUGUUAGUGCAAAUAGUAUUUAUUUCUUAAAAAGAGUGCUAUACAGUAACAAUAUAAAUGCUUUGAAUCUGCUAAUAAGGCACAAUGUUGAUUUACAAUGUUUCGAUGAAUCUGGUCUUGUAUCAGCAAUACAUAUUGGUGCUCAUUGGGGUCACACAGAAGCUGUUGAGUUAUUAAUCAAAGCAGGUGUGUCUCCUGAUCAUCAUCAUCCCAAGCAGAAGGUGACACCAUUAAUGAUGGCAGCUUUUCAUGGUCAUGAAGAUGCUGUAGGGCUCCUACUUAAGUAUAAUGCAAAUACUGAUAUUACUGCAGCUUCUAAUGGUUUGAAUGCACUUGGAUUUGUUUGUUACUUUGGAAAUGCUAAAAUUGCCUCAUUGUUGCUUAAAGCAGGAGCUGAAACAGAUUUAAAAUUAAAUGGUUAUACAGCUUUGUAUCUCGCUACAUUUGAUAGCCAUCAUGAAAUAGUGGAACUUUUGCUGAGGUUUAAUGCUGAUCCUAAUAUUCCAGCUGAUGACGGAGCCACUCCACUUAUGAUUGCCUGUAGCCACAGACAGAAAAAAAUAGUAAAACUUUUACUUCAGGCAGGAGCUUAUGUUGACUUGCAAGGCAAAGACAGCUUUAAUCGACAGACAGCUCUUCACAUUCCUGCUUUUGACAAUAAUACUGAAAUAUUGUCUCUCUUACUUAAUGCUAAUGCCAAUGUCAAUAUUCAAAACAUUAAUGGUUACUCACCAAUGCAUUUUAUUUGUUUAAAUGGCAAUGAAGAAAUGGUACGACGUUUUCUUGUGGCAGGAGCUGAUGUUAAUCUCUGUUCACACAAAGGAGAAUCACCUUUACAUGCUGCUGUGUAUAGCAGUAAAACCAAGAUUGCAGAAACUUUACUAAAUGCUGGAGCUGAUCCUGAUCUUGCUUCUGAAAAUAAUGACACAUCUCUGCAUUUGGCCUGUAUGGUAGGUAAUGAAAAAAUUGUUCAAUUGCUAAUUGAGGCCAAAGCUGACGUUAUAAUGUUCUUAGCAACCAAGGCUAUACCCCAUUGUGUGUUGCUGCUGGUGAAGGUCACACUGAUAGUUGAAAUGCUAUUAACUGCUGGGGCUUCUACUGAACUACAAAAUAAUAGUCGUGGUUGGACACCAAUCUUCUUUGCUACUGCAGGUGGUCACUCAGAAAUUGUGAGCAUUCUUCUUAAAAACAAAGCUAUCAUUAAGCAAGAUAUGAAUGGCAAAGAUCUUCAAACUGUAGCAUCUUCAAUGGGUCAUCCUGAAAUCGAAACUAUCUUACAAACUGCGUCACCAUCCAAAGAAAAGGGCACCACCAUUAACAUAGCCCCAUUAGUCAAUACUGAUGAUGGAUCAUCAACUAACAUUUCUUCCUAUUACAAUAAUUACAUUUUGUCUUUGCCAUCAAGAAUUGAAUUAGCUAAACAAUACAUCAAAAACUCUUUAAAACGACUGGAGAAGAACAUGGAAUCCUGGACAACAGCACCAACACGUCAGAUUACUACUUAAUGCUAUACUUUAUGAAUGUUUGUAAUACUGUAUUGUGUAACAAUUUUAAUGCUAUUUUAAUAGACGCUUUUAGUUUUGUUAAUUGUUAGAACUUGUUUGAACAUUUUAAUGAUUUUUCCAGAAAAAUUUGAACACUUUGCAAA